AUGGUCCUCCCCAUCACUAACCCUUCCAAGUCCUACUGGAUCGAGGCCGCGGAGUCUCCCCUGAGGAACUUCCAGUCCACCCCAGACCUCCCCCAGGAAACGGAUGUUGUGAUUGUUGGGAGCGGUUACACAGGCACCACGACGGCAUAUUGGUUGCACAAGCACACCGCCAAAGAUGGGACCACUCCACGCAUGCUUAUGCUCGAGGCAAGAGACGUAUGUGGCGGCGCGACAGGGCGGAACGGUGGCCAGCUCCGGCCACAUGCCUAUUCUCGAUACCCGAGCUGGUCCAGCAGGUUUGGCCCCGAUGGGGCAUUGAAGUUGAUCAAGCAUGAGAUGGCCCACCUCGACGCCUUCAAGGCCCUCCUGGCCGAGGAGGGUGUCGCGGAGGAAGUUUGCUUCAAGCUGGGUGAGACAUUUGACGCAGCCAUGACGCAGGAAGCAUGGACGCGCCUCAAGGGAGCAUUUGAUAUGUUUGUCAAGGAUCACGGCAGGGACGGCGAGGUGAUCCGAGAGUGCCGGCUCGUCGAGGAUCCUAAGGAAGCAGAGGCCAUCACCCAGAUGAAGGGGUGCAUCGCAGCUAUUCUGCAUCCUACUGGCCAGGUAUGGCCGUAUAAGUUUGUUCACGCUAUACUCCGCAUUGUGUUGGGUACAGGCAAGCUCAACCUGCAAUCCAACACUCCAGUUCUGAAGGUUUCCGAGAGAGAUCAAGACGGAUACAUCACUGUAUCUACUCCACGCGGCGACGUUCGCACCAAGACCGUUGUCCACGCCACGAACCGAUGGGCUUCACACCUACUGCCCGAAUUUUCUAAUCUCAUCUUCCCUUGCGUCUGUACCAUCGGUGCCAUCAAGGCCCCUGAAGGCUUCAUGAAGCGCACCGGCGCCCAACACUGGGACAGCUGCGUCAACAACUACCACGUGCAGCUUCCACCACCCCAUAACACGCUCAUCAUCGGCGGAGCAAAGGCUGUCGUCGCUCACUACCCUCACGUUUGGAUCCGGACCGAUUCAGAGGACAAACUGCAGCCCGGAGUCGCCGAAUUCUACAAGACGUGGCCGAAGAGCGACAUCGUGGACUGGCCAGGCAAGGAAGACGAGGCGGAGCUUUCCCUCGAGACAACCGAGGGCGGCAACUGGACGGGCGUCGAGUCAACCAGCAUCGACGCGUUCCCAUUUGUCGGUUCUGCCCCCGGUCACAGCGGCCACUUCGUCGCGGCCGGCUUCAACGGCCACGGCAUGCCGAGGAUCCUCCUCUCGACAGCCCACAUCACACCCCUCAUCCUCAAGGAGCUCGGGGUCAAGUGGACCGCCCCUGACCUGGUCGCUGCGUACCCUCCGCUGCCAGAGCCGUUCGUUGCCACAGAGGAGCGCGUCAAGGCGUAUACCGAAGCAGACGCCAAGAAGAAUUAUGAGGACAACGUGCGUAACCACGAGGCGAGCGCCGCAAAGCCGUUCUGCAACGAGCCUCGGUGCCUGUUCUGGAAGACGGACGGCGCGACGAAGGAGGUGGACGCUUCCGUUGCGGCCCAGGGGCCGGUCCCCUCCGAGCAUGAGAUACUAGACGAGAAGACAUACUUGAAGCACACUCUGAGCGGGAAUGGGAAUAUCGGAGUGAUGGGCCAGGCGUGA